AUGAAGCCUGCUGCUCUGAAAAUAUGCGAAGUGACAGAGGACAAAACAGCCCAAAGGCUUCACCUUGUAAAGAGCCACUCCGCUUUGCUUGUGGUUGUUGUUGGCAGCUGCAGAAACUUCAGCUUCCUCCUGACCGCUCCACACUUUUCAGAAACAACAGCCCCCCAUCAACCUGCGCCCCCCAUCAACCUGCGCUCCCCCAUCAGCCUGCGCCCCCCAUCAACCUGCGCUCCCCAUCAACCUGCGCUCCCCCAUCAACCUGCGCCCCCCGUCAACCUGCGCUCCCCGUCAGCCUGCGCCCCCCAUCAGCCUGCGCUCCCCCAUCAGCCUGCGCUCCCCCAUCAACCUGCGCUCCCCCAUCAGCCUGCGCUCCCCAUCAACCUGCGCUCCCCCAUCAACCUGCGCUCCCCGUCAGCCUGCGCUCCCCUCAGCCUGUGCUCCCCCAUCAGCCUGCGCUCCCCCAUCAGCCUGCGCUCCCCGUCAGCCUGCGCUCCCCCAUCAACCUGCGCUCCCCAUCAGCCUGCGCCCCCCCAUCAACCUGCGCUCCCCAUCAGCCUGCGCCCCCCCAGCUGCAGCCGCUGCUCUCCUUCCCGCCUUUCAUCCUGUGUGGACCUUGAAAGUUAA